AUGGCGACGACCGAUGCGAGAACUGCGGAUGUUAUCCACGAAGACGAGAGCUUGGAUCUUCCCGAGUUGAAUCUUGGUGUUCUGGAUCUAACAUCAGAUGAGUUCAUCCUUGAUGAGGUAGAUAUUCAUAUUCAACAAAAUCUAGAAGAUGAUGUUGUCAAAGCAGCUCUUGAAUCGGGAGUGGAUCUUCGUCAGUACUCCAAGCAGGUUGAAGCCGAGCUCCAGACAGUGGAAAAUGCCUCCAUCCAAGACUAUAUUAAAGAAAGCCAAAACAUUGCCAGCUUGCACAACCAGAUAUCGGCAUGUGACACAAUACUUGAGCGGAUGGAGGAGAUGUUGAAUGGAUUCCAGUCAGAUCUUGGAAGCCUCAGUGCCGAGAUCCAGACGCUACAGAACCAAUCCAUCGCGAUGAACAUCAAGCUGAAGAACAGACAAGCAGUCCGUGGGCAACUCAGUCAGUUUGUGGAUGAGAUGGCAGUACAGGAAUCCAUGAUCACUCACAUCUUAGACACAUCGGUCACAGAGCGACAGUUCCUAGAGCAACUCCAUGAGUUGAAUCACAAGAUAAGCUUUGUCAAGGAGCAGUCGUUUAAGGAGGCCAUCUCAUGUAAGGAUGUACAGGACAUCUUAGAGAAGCUCAAACUCAAGGCAAUAGCAAAGAUUCGUGAGUUUCUACUACAGAAGGUGAACCAAAUGAGGAAACCAAUGACGAACUACCAGCUACAACAGAACACCAUGCUGAAAUUCAGAUUUUUCUUUGAGUUUCUGUUAGCCAAUGAGCGGCACAUAGCCAAAGAGGUACGCGACGACUAUGUGGACACAAUGAGUAAAGUGUACUACUCAUACUUUAAGGGAUACAUAAGUAGACUCAUGAAACUACAGUAUGAUGAGGUGGCAGACAAGGAGGAUUUGAUGGGAGUUGAAGACACUGCAAAAAGAGGAUUUUUCUCCAAACCAUCUCUCAAAAACCGCUCCACUGUUUUUACUCUUGGUAACCGUGGCAACAUCAUCAACAACAAUCUUGAAGCACCAAUUAUUAUUCCACACGCUGCACAGAAAGAUGAUACCAAGCACACCUUUGAGAGUCUGUUCCGCAGCCAGCACUACGCACUCCUUGACAACUGUUGCCGGGAGUAUCUGUUUGUGUGUGAUUUCUUCAUGGUGUCUGGCUCCAGCGCCCAAGACUUGUUCAACGCCAUCAUGGGAAAAACACUCUCCAUGUUCCUGAAACACAUGGACAUGUAUACCAAUGAGUGUUUUGACUCCAUUGCUGUGUAUCUAUGUCUACACAUCAUCUUGAGGUAUCGGAUGCUAAUGCACAAGCGAGCUGUGCCAGCCCUAGACAAAUAUUGGGAGACACUUCUAGAAAUGUUAUGGCCACGUUUUGAAUACAUCUUGGAGCUGAAUAUCCACAGUAUUAAGGAAGCAGACCCACAGAGGAUGGGUUCCAUCGACAUCAGACCGCAUUACAUCACACGUCGAUACGCGGAAUUCUCCGGCGCUAUCGUGAGUUUGAACGAGACAUUCCCAGAUGAGCGAGUCAAUCGGCUAUUAGCCCGCCUCAUGUCAGAUGUAGAGAACUUCAUCCUGAGAAUGGCGGCUGAGUUUCCACUACGGAAGGAGCAACUCAUCUUUCUUAUCAAUAAUUAUGACAUGAUGCUCAAUGUCAUCAAUGAGAGGACAGCUGAGGAUUCUAGGGAAUCAGACAGCUUCCGGCAGCUUCUUGAGGCAAGAACUCAUGAGUUUGUUGAGGAGGUGUUGAUGCCACAUUUUGGUGCCAUGAUGAUGUUUGUCAAAGAUGCCGAGUCGCGUCUUGAGAGGGGCCAAGCGGACAUGAUGAAAAAUCAAGAUCGUCGUGUGGAGCAACUGGUGAGAGAAUUUGGCACUACUUGGAAGCAAGCAAUUGAGACGAUCAACCAAGACGUUAUGAGAUCCUUCACUAACUUCAAGAAUGGAACCAGCAUCUUACAAAGCACAUUGACUCAGCUGAUUCAGUAUUACCAUCGCUUCCAGAAGAUUCUAUCUCAAGCUCCAUUCAAGAAUAUGGCGGUACGUGGGGAGCUCAUUAAUAUUCAUCAUCUCAUGGUAGAGGUCAAGAAGUUCAAACCUGCUUUCUAAGACACACCCCCCCCCCCUUAAUAGAUAAAUAAAUAUUUAGGCCCUUAAAGGCAGUGGACACUAUUGGUAAUUACUCAAAA